UAAAACACAUUUAACCGAUUUUAUUGCUGACUUGAAGACCUAACCAUUAUAUGAAUAGCUUUAACGAAUUGAAUGAUAUAUGAUGUAGGAAAAAAAAUCAAAAGUUAAUUCCGUUUUGACUUUUAUAUGAAUAGCUUUAACGAAUUGAAUGAUACAUGAUGUAGGAAAAAAAAAAUCAAAAGUUAAUUCCGUUUUGACUUUUGAGUCACUUACUCUUUGGUAUAUAAACACCAACUUAUUGAAAUUUUGCAAACAAAAAUUGAUUCCGGAUAUGUCAUAUGGAUCCUCCCGAAAAAAUAGGACCAAAAACAUGGAAUUAAAAAUCAGUCUCUCCCACGGUGCUUCAUCGCCUUCAUUCAUUCGUUUGGUUUUGUGGGUGAUAACUAUUUAAUCGCCAUGGUCUCCUUCAUUCCUUCUGCAGGUGAAGACGAAUUCCUUUCGCCUUUCUCUGCAUCUGUCUCUGAAUUCCCCUCUCUCUUGGGGAAUCCAAGAGAAAACAAACCCCAAUUCCUUCUCCUUUUCUUGAAUUUUGAGAUCGAUCAGAGACAGAAAUCAUUUCAAAAAUCACAUACCCACCCACCCACCCCGCCAUUGGACUCCAGAGGAACCUUCAUCGCCUAGCUUCCUUCAACCCCAGGUUAACUCAACAAUCUCAUCAUGAUUCGGACGUCUCGCCGGAGUUUUUCCUCCAACAGAACGAUCUUCCUUUCGGCUCUCGUUUUGGUUACAUUAACAGCCUCGAUUUUGAGCUUCAUUGAUUCCGGCGAACGCUUUCUCUACAACUCCAUCUCCUGGGAGACAAAAAUUCGUUCCUCUGCUCACAUCCGUCGUCCUAACGGAAUAUCCGUACUUGUCACCGGAGCAGCCGGUUUCAUCGGCACACACGUAUCCCUUGCUUUGAAAUCCCGUGGCGACGGCGUCCUUGGCCUUGACAACUUCGAUAAUUACUACGCCCCCUCGUUGAAGAAAACCCGGCGGGCGUUGCUAGACAUUCACGGCGUGUUCAUCGUCGACGGUGAUAUCAACGACCGCCGCCUCUUAGCCGUCCUCUUUGACACCAUAGCUUUUACCCACGUCAUGCACCUUGCUGCUCAGGUCGGCGUUCAAUACGCCGUCGAGAAUCCAUACGCUUAUGUCCACAGCAACGUCGCCAGUCUUGUCACGCUUCUGGAACGAUGCAAGUCCGCCGAUCCUCAGCCCGCCAUUGUUUGGGCAAGCUCCGGUUCAGUUUACGGUGUAAACAUAAACAAUAAAGUACCCUUUUCAGAAUCGGACCGGGUCGAUCGACCCGUUUCAAUUUAUGCAUCUACCAAAAGAACCGGAGAAGAAAUCACCCUAACAUACAACCGGGUUUAUGGGUUGUCAAUAACCGGGUUAAGAUUUUUCACUGUUUAUGGCCCAUGGGGAAGGCCCGAUAUGGCUUAUUUUUCAUUUAUUCGAAAUAUUUUACUGGGUAAACCGAUAACAGUGUAUCGAGCCAAGAAUCAUACUGACUUGGCCCGUGACUUUAUUUACAUUGAUGAUGUGGUGAAAGGGUGUGUUGCAUCAUUGGAUACCUCGGGCAGGUCGGUCGGGUCGGGCAGGUCGAAAAACAGAACUGCCCCUUAUCGGAUUUUUAAUUUGGGCAAUGCGUCUCCGGUGACUGUACCUACUUUAGUGAGUAUACUUGAGGAAAAUUUAAGGAUGAAGGCAACUACAAAUGUGGUGGAAAUGUCUGAAAGUGGCGAUGAUUUAUUUGCGCAAGCGAAUAUUAGUUUAGCUGAGAAGGAACUCGGGUAUAAACCGACAACUGAUUUGGAAACCGGGUUGAAGGAGUUUGUGAAAUGGUAUUUGUGGUAUUAUGGCAAACCGUUCGUCCAAAACCGCAACGUUUGAUUUAAUAUGUAAAUUAGAAAUAGACGAUGUUUUGAGAGAUUUAAGUUACAAUCAUUUGGUGUUUUUAUUUCGAUUUGUUUGUAUAUAUUGUAUUAGAAACAAAGGGAACUAAUGUUUGUAACUUUUCAAAUAUAAUCUUUUAAAUUGUUGCAAUUUUCACAUGAU